CCUCCUUGCUUGCAUUCCUACCCGGCAUCUGCACUUACACCUUUACUGUCCUUUCUUCCCCUUUAUUUACUAUGUCAUUCACGUUCACUGAAAAGGAAAAAGGGCGCGUCGUAUUCGCCAGCCUUGUUGGAGUAACCUUGGACCAUAUAGGAAAGGCAGAUCUUGCGACUAUAAUAGCCAUUACUGUAUUGUACAGCGUGCAGUUGCUCGCAGUAGUAUACAUGGUACUGAACAGAAACUACCCGCCUAUUCGGGCCAAAGGGGUGCUGACGAUGACAUGCGUUUAUAUCUGUGGGAUCAGCUGGUUUAUUGGAGGACUUGGAACGCAUGAAGUGCUCCACCUGUCCAACAAGUUCUGGUCAAAUUGCACGCUGCAUAUUGUCUGGCUACGCCCAGUAACUGGCGAGGCAUUUAUAUUCAACCUGCUCUAUCUGCGGUGCAUCCGGCUAUUCUUCAAAUACCAGCUCCACCGCCCAUUUGAGGGAAUGUGGAAAUACAUGAUCACCAUCACAUCCUUUGCUAUCCCAGUCAUCUGUGCAGUUAUAAUAACAUUGCUUCCCAAGAAGGAAACGGUAAGCUUUGUGGAUGUUCUGGAGAUAUGCAACAUGAGCCCGAGGUUUAAAGAUGCUUCAACAGCACUGAAUUGGACAGCACUAGGGACAUUUGUUGUCGGCUGCCUUCUUAUACACCGAACAAUAUGCUUCUUUGGCGAGAACCGCGAGCUCGAAGUUGGGUGCAUAGCAUUUAUCGUCGCACAGCUUUACCACACCCUUGUAUACUACAAAUACAACCUCUACCCUAGUCUGCUCAAGUGGAGGCUGUCUAUUAUAUUGGUUGAGCAGGCGGCUGUAUAUAUCGCUUGGUGGACAAUUAUGUACAAGCCCCUAUAUCAGUGUCUGGUCCACCGAGACGAAUACAUGGUAGAAUGGUCGAAAAGAGCCGACCCAGUGCCUUCUCUGCAUUCCAAGUCUCCGACUGAAGGAGCACAAACCUCAGGUAUACAGAUCCAAGAUCACCAGGCGGCGGUUUCACACAACUACUUUGUAAAUGGGUCUACCAAAGUUAGCGUCAGCAUUCAAACUGAGUGAAAAUGCAGUGCUCGAGGACUGCUUGGUUGGCACAACAAACGUUUGGCCAGGCAGUUCUGUGACGCGGUCUCCAGCCUUAGAAAUCUCCUCAGCAAAGAGUGCUGUGGUUGUACGUCAUAGUAUGUGCACACAUAUAGUGUCUUUGACGCUCAUUGAUUUACUGGUAGGCUGUCCCAACCUGCCCGUUCUGUUGGGUAGGGGGCGCUGAAAUAGGAGGGUGGGAAGGACCAAUAUCUCUGAACGAUUGG